GACGGAAGCAUUAGUUUACGUUCGUUCUUGUGCCGGUUAACAUGUGAGAAGAACUAAAAGUUUACAGCCGUAAAACAAGGUCAAAUAAUUGCGAAUCGUGUUCACAUUUUUUUACGUGAUAAAUCGGAAUAGUGAAUUAGUAUGUCAACCCAGCCGAGCUCACCAAAAAUUUUACUCGACAUAAGUUACAAACCAAUGGCUCCUGCAUUGGAUAUAAAAGACAAUGUAAUUAAACUGAUGAAAAUGGAGCCACGGCCCUACGAUUAUUUGUAUUCCAUGCAAUUGCAACCAAACAUCCCACAACAGCAACAAUCACUUCCAACGACGUUUUAUCAAAGUCCUCAACCAACCAGCGCGAAUGCGGAUCAACCGCGAUCGAUGAUAGCGCAGCCCACAAUACACGCGCAUCCCAGCAUAACGGAGUCAGCAAAUUUUGUGUACGCCAGUGCUGAGUCGGCGCCGACGGAUUAUAUACCAAUUAACAAGAGAAAUCGCGAAUUCGAAAGUACGGAACAUAAAAUGAUGCCAGACAGUAAGAAGCAGCAUUUGGAAUUGCCAAAUGAACAACAACAACAACAACAUCAUUUUAUGCAUCAACAGGACCAGCAAAGAUAUGUUGAGGAAUUUUUGCCAGAAUCGGUGGCGGAAGUAAAUUUAACCCUCCACUCGGACAGCAACAGCAGCACUCAUUCGUCACAAUUCGAAUUUGGCAGCCUCGAAAUGUGCGAACGUAAUGAAAAUAAUUUCAAGUACCAUUAUCAGCCAAAUCAACAGCGUCAACUGUGCCAGCCAGCUAACAAUAUUUUCAAUGCAAACGCGGCAAACAGUAGUAAGGGCUUGUCACAUCACAAUCUGCAGGCGCAAGCAAAUGCGAAAAGUUUAGAUCAGUAUGAGUUUGUGAAUUCUUUAAAGAGCAAUACUUGCUCUACUCUCGAUCGUGAUGAUAUGGAUUUUAUCCGUAUGAAUGGCAAUAGCCAUGAAACUAGCGAAGCCAGUUACGAUUAUGCAAACAAUGACGAGCUGAUCGAUAAUCGUGCAGAUUCCCUUUCCGACAAUCAGGAUGCUUCAAAACAGUUCCGAAAGCCAAGACGGCGUACAAGACGGAAAUCGAGCAGAAGUGAAGAUACCGAAGAAUUCCAUAACCAACGGGUAAUGGCUAAUGUACGCGAGCGACAACGCACCCAAAGUUUGAAUGAUGCCUUCAAAGCACUCCAACAGAUCAUCCCGACAUUGCCCAGCGAUAAGCUCAGCAAAAUUCAAACGUUAAAGCUAGCCACUAGAUAUAUUGACUUUCUAUGUCGGGUUCUAUCCACAAGCGAAAUUAGUCUACUGAAAUCGAUGGACAGCAAAAAUAUCCUAUCCAACAGUGGAUUGCCGAUUGGAACAGCGUCGAUUUUGAAUGCUGCUACGAAUGGAACAGAUACUGAAUUGAAGGGGUUGCGCCGAACCACAGGCGCUUCUGUAAUACCGCCGGAAAAACUUGGCUACUUAUUUGGCGUUUGGAGAAUGGAAGGAGACACACAAGGCAAAACGUAGGAUUAAGCAUAACUAUGUUCGUCUACUAUGGUAUUCUAUAAUUCAUUUGAAUGUAUGUAUGUAUUGAAAUAUUUAGCAUAAAAUAUAAUAGCGUUUUCUCUUCUCGUUACAAUGCUUCAUUCGGUUAGCGCUGCCUUAAGCUGGCAAAUUUUUGUGUCCGUUUCACAAAAUGUGAUACUCAAAAGUGAAGCAUUUCAUUCGCUUAAUUAAAAGUGUGAUGGCGAGCGUGUCCAGCUGAUUUCCAUUUUUCUGUCUACACGAGUUCCUCAAAAUAAAUGUGGCGAAAACUUUAAUUGUUACAAAAACAAAAUAAAAAAUUGUAAUAGGACUAUGAAUAAGUUCGUGCGGUUUUU